AACGCAGAAGGUCGAGGGGGAGAGAGAGAAAGGGCGCGAUGGGGAGAAGGAAAUUUUAUGGGUGGGGAGCUGCGAUCGUAAUCUUUAUAGUGUUAAUGAUCGUAACCCCGGCGAUUCCCCAGUCUCAGGAGUACCACGACUUCGCUGAUCAGCGCAAAUUGUUCUUGGGGAUACCUAAUACGUUGAAUGUGAUUUCAAACUUUCCUUUUCUUGUGAUUGGUUUAAUUGGGUUUGUACUUUGCCUUCGUGGAAGCUUCAGGCUAAGCUUGCAAGGUGAAGUCUGGGGCUGGUCGUGCUUCUUUAUUGGUGUGGCUGCUGUUGCUUUUGGCUCCUCCUAUUACCAUCUCAAGCCAAAUGAUGCUAGACUAGUUUGGGAUCGAUUACCUAUGACUAUCGCAUUCACAUCAAUCAUGGCAAUCUUCAUCAUUGAAAGGAUUGAUGAAAAAACUGGAAUGACGUCAAUUGCACCACUUGUUAUGGCGGGUAUAAUAAGCAUUUUAUAUUGGAGGUUCUUUGAUGAUUUACGCCUAUAUGCACUUGUUCAAUUUGUUCCUUGCAUCAUUAUACCUUUGAUGGCUAUUCUAAUUCCUCCAAUGUAUACACAUUCUGCUUACUGGCUGUGGGCAGCAGGAUUUUAUCUUUUGGCCAAGGUAGAAGAAGCCAUGGACAAAGUGAUAUAUAAAUGGACUCAUCACAUUGUCAGUGGACAUACACUCAAGCAUCUAUGUGCUGCAAUGGUUCCUGUUUUUCUGACACUCAUGCUUGCAAAAAGGAGUAUUGAGGCUGAUAGGAUAAGUUUGUUUCAGCAGUGGCGGAUUUAUUGGGUAAGAGUUAAAGAAAGUCGAUUUAAGGGGGAGAGCUUAGAUUGUGAGUAUACUGCAGUUUCGACUACAACAUGAUGGCAUAAAUCAUACAUCAGGAGUCCUCACUGAAGAUAUUUCUUGAGGGACUUGUACAUUGUUAUCGAACACAGUAUGAGAGGCAUCAUUGUUGUUAACCACUGUAUAUGGAUAUCCAAGACCAACCCCUUCUGAGAAACCUUUUUGUAAGAAGUAUAGCACACAAUAAUUUCCUUAUAAGUAAUAGAGUAAUGUCACAUGUUACCUUAA